AUGUCAAAAUUAUUUAUAUAUUGCAUUCUUGUUUGGUCAAUUGCUGCAGUUUUCAGUUCACCCAUCAAUCCACCAAAAGGUCAAGGGCGUACUGUGUUUCAGUUUGGAAGAAUCAUACAACAUAUUACUGGUCGUAAUCCGUUCGAUUAUAAUGGCUAUGGCUGCCACUGUGGUCGGGGUAGUAAAGGUUCCAAGGUAGUUGAUGCUGUUGAUCAAUGUUGUGUUGCUCAUGAUAAUUGUUACAAUAGUGCGUCGUAUGAUUACAAUUUUGUUACAAACGAUAUUCAAUGUACCAAUACACCGGGAACAGUUGAUCGUGAAGCAUGUGAAUGCGAUAGAAGAGCAGCAUUGUGCUUUCGCUCAUCACCUUUUAAUGAAGCUUAUAAGAACUAUCCAGCAAAUAACUGUUAA